AUGGUGGUGCAGAAUAAGCUGGACACGGGGGACCCCAGGAAAGCUGUCCUUUUGGAGCCAUUCAUCCAUCAGGUUGGGGGCCACAUGAGCAUGAUGAAAUAUGAUGAGCACACCGUCUGCAAGCCCCUCAUCUCCCAGGAGCAGUGGUUCUAUGAGUCGCUCCCCACACCCAUUAAGCAGUUCACGCCUCAGUACAAAGGUAUCAUCUCGGUGUGCCUCAGAAAGGACAGCUUGGGCAACCUAGGCCUGAUAGCCAGCCCCAGCCUGCCGACCGACAACUGCAGUUCCUUGGAUAAGGAGCAUUCGGUGAUGCUAUGUCAGGAGAUCAAGCGGACGUCCACCACCAGCAGCGAGCGCUUGUUUGUCAAAUGGAGUCAGGCAUCUUUCACAAAGACCAUCAAAGACAGCGGCCCAGGGAAGGCGCUCCUGAGGACGGAACUUCAGUACCGUACGGACGACUCUUCGCUCAUGGAGGAUACAAAUGGGAACCAGCCAGAAAGAAAGAGCUAUAACCCCUGGGGACUGCACUGCCACCAACUGCACCUGAACCGCAUGUCCUCCAAACUUGAUGAGAACAAACUACAUCAGUUUCUGUUGCUUGAAAACGUGGUGUCAAAGUAUCAAUAUCCCUGCAUUCUGGACUUAAAGAUGGGAACCAGGCAGCAUGGAGAUGAUGCAUCAGAAGAGAAGAAAACACGCCACAUAAUGAAGUGUGAACAGAGCACUUCUGGAUCUCUUGGAGUUCGCAUCUGUGGAAUGCAGGUUUACCAAGCAGAUACUGGCCAAUUUCUCUGCAAAGACAAGUAUUAUGGAAGGAAACUAUCACCCGAUGGCUUCAGACAAGCCCUCUACCAGUUCCUUCACAAUGGUAACUGCCUCAGAACAGACCUCUUGGCACCCAUUGUGUCACAGCUAAAGGCUCUGCUUUCAGUCAUCAAAAACCAGAGCUCCUAUCGAUUCUACUCCAGCUCCCUUCUCAUCAUCUAUGAUGGACAGGAACCCAAGGAGAAUAAAGAAACCUUAGACAACCAUCCUCAGGGGUGUUUUCAGAACAUAAACCGCACCAUGCCACAUGGGACUGGUCAUCCCAAAGUUGACGUCCGCAUGAUAGAUUUUGCUCACACCACUUAUAAAGGUUCAAAGUAUAAUCACACCAUCUACGACGGGCCAGACCACGGCUAUAUUUUCGGUCUAGAAAAUCUUGUCAACAUUCUUGAGAAUACUAGAGAAGGAGAAUGACAAAUGCUGUGACAUGGCAUGGACUUUGUGGUGAUAGAUAUCCCAGAAAGGGACUGCCUAUGCAUUGGGCCAACUGCAUGGAGCCCCUCACGGCUUUUGAACAUCCUGUGUACUUUUUGGAAUGAGAGCAUUGGUGACUUGCUAGGAAAGCGCAGAAGAUGCUACAUGCCAUUACCAAAGCGAACUGUAAAAGCAAAGGAUUGAAAAGAAUCCACCGUGCUUGUGAUCUCGCCGAAGAUUUAUUUUCCUUUCUUCUUUUACUGCUGUCCUUGAUUUGUUUGCGACCGAGAGGAAAGCAUUACUUGAAAGAAUCUUAAAAUUAUUAUAGGGCCUGCUCACCUCCAUAUGCACCAGCAAAGCCAAGAAGGCUAAGCAAAGACUGUGCAGUUGAGAGACUAUUAAGAGGUGUUGGUAGGUCUGAACAAGUUGCAGCAUUACUUUCAACCCAAGCUCAACAUGAUGGGCCAAGGACA